CAUGCCGUUUAAGCGCAGAAACGCUGGAAGGUCUAAAAAGGGACGUGGACACGUCAAGCACGUUAGAUGCACCAACUGUGCACGAUGCGUUCCCAAGGAUAAGGCGAUCAAAAAGUUCGUUAUCCGUAAUAUCGUUGAAGCUGCCGCAGUAAGAGAUGUUACCGAGGCUAGCGUUUAUGAAACCUACGCUCUCCCUAAACUCUAUUGUAAGAUGCAUUACUGUGUAUCAUGCGCAAUCCACAGCAAAGUUGUUAGAAAUAGGUCUAGAGAAGCCAGGAAGGAUCGUACUCCUCCUCCAAGAUUCAGACCAGGAAUGAGAAUGGAUAAUGCUGGUGGCAACAGACCAGGUCAAACUGGCGCUCCUGCUAACCGUUAA